AUGCUCAACAAAAAUGAGGAGGAAGACUUGGUCCAGCAAGGUGAAAUUUUUGGUGCCCUCUGGCACUACCGAUCCCUCAAAAGCAAGAUGCUGGAAACGAUCAGUUGGGGGCUUAAGGGCGGGAAGAAGCGACCAGAGAAUCUGAUUGGAUGUGAGGCGGAAUAUGAGGCGGCUGUGGUUGUUCUCAAGGACCAGGCACAAGUGCUUGAACGGUACGGCUAUACACACGCAAUCGAUAAUUUUUCCGAAGAUUUGAGUGCAUUUUCUUUGGAUCGUUCAGAACCGGCCGCGAUCACUAUCAAGGAGACUCCUGGCUUCCUAAAAUGUCGGCCGAAGAUGUUCACAAGCCAAGCAGAGGAGAUCCAAGCAAAGAUCAAGGAGCACAACCGAUCUAUUCAGAAGAAUAGUGUGAUCAGACAGUCAGAGACCCAGAAGCGCAAGCGAAAUGAGACAGAGGAUGUAGAACCAGGAGAGGGUGUGGAACCGGAAGAGAACACAGAGGCAACUGACAACGAAAAUUAA